AUGUCUCAGCCCAUUGAGUUGAGCAUUUUCCCUUCUUGCUUUGGAGCCAUUGACUGGUCGCCGGAUGGAGAGAUUGCAGUAGCAGCAGGUGACCAAGUCCAUAUCUUUACCUGGAAGCCUAGCGAGCAAAACAACUCAGAAACAAAUGGCUGGCACGCAACCCGCAUUCCGCGAGUAAAUGCCUUCACAAGUGACGAGUGGGGAGUGGUCUUCCCCCAAAACCGAGAGGAUGCCUCAAUCGGCGUUGAACAAUCACCAAGCACUGUCCUUGGGCUUACCUGGUCACCAUCAGGUUUAGCGAGGUAUCGUCGGAGCGUUUUGGCGAUUUUGACGUCAAAUUUGAUCCUAUCCCUUUGGGAACCGAUUGGGCCCAAUGGCCAAUGGAUUCGACUUACCAUUGUCAACCACGCACUCUACCCAAGCUCUGACCCGUCCCAGGAUCUCGGGGGAGCUGAUCUCAGAAGCUCAAAUAUCCGUUCCUUCCAAUGGUGCACACCUAUUCAAGUUCCACAACUCAAUACGUCAAGUUCAAAAGUGCCGCCUGAAUCUCGAUGGGGUGUACAACUACUAGCCGUGACAACUGAUGCCAACGAAAUCGUUUUGCUACGGGUACAUCGACCGGCCGGGCUUCAAGCUUCAUCACAAGCAUAUGUUAUAAAGAAACUUCACGCUCAUCUUCUUGAUGGAGCCGAAAAACAGUUUCCGAUGGUACAUGCCGGCUCACUCUUUCAAAAGGCACUUCAGUCGAAAUCUCGCAUCACCUCCAUUUCGUGCAGCCCGUGGCUUAACUUAAGCAAUUUUGCAAAUGUAUACUCAGCAACUACUGUAAUCGCUGUUGUUUAUGGGUCACAACUCCGGUUUUUACAGGCUAAGAUUGGAUUGAUGGAUACGUACCCACAUGAAGAAAUGACACCUCGACACGAGGUAAUGGUCGAUUUCAAAGAUCAUGAAAUAACAAAAGCGUCUCAAAAUUGGGAUUCGCAUCGAAUAUCAGGGCCUCUUAAAUGGUUGCACACGGGACAAUCCGAAAAAGCUACACUUUCAGUGGGUACACUUGGUAGCAUUCUUACCAUCUCAUGCCCCCUGAGUAUCUGGGAUUGCAGCAAUCCAAACAUGGACGAGAUAGAUGUCGCUGAAUGGCCCUUUUCAGACGAAACAGACCAAAAUACUCAUCACAUGCAGCCUAUUUCAAGUUUGAUUAAUAUGGAUAAUGAGGAUAAUGCCACCUCCACCCUUCAUCUCGGCACAGCUGGACGAUUUGGAGGUGCAAUCGAUAUUUCUGAAUCUGGAGAUCUCAGUAAUUGGCAUGUUCCACAGUGGAAGAAGCAGGUUACGCGUUAUGAGGAGGGAUAUGAUUUGGACCGUGAUCUAGGAGGCCACACUGUCACUCGCAUCUGGGGCUUAUCGGCCCAUCGUGGAUUAAUCGCAUUUCUAUUCACUAUGCAUCCGACCAACAUGAUCGAAUACCGAAUGAUAUCUACCGAGAAAACUUUCCUCGGGUUCAUCGACGAAACAACCGGCAAGCCUCCUGAUUAUCACGCAUUAUUCUUGCCAAGCUCUGAAGGAAAUGAAGGGAAUUCUGCUCGUGAACAACGAGCCAAAGUUAUAUCGUUUAUUUUAUCUACAACAGAGCAGGAGAGCGACGCAGACCCUGAAAACCAGAAGCUAUCUUAUGCUGCAGUUUGUUGUGCCAUAGUGGACAAACACAGUGAAUCGAUCCGAGCGCAAGCUCAAAGGUGUUUGGAACGACUAUCAUCUAGCAACGCAGAGGCGGAUCUGAGCGAGGAAAUCUCCAAAUGCAACGAUGGGUCUUCUACAAUAUCUGCCAGGAAAAGCAACGACCGUACUGGACCUGGUAGCCGGCUUUAUGAAUGGUGUGAAAUUUGCGACGCGGGUAUAUCAUGGGAAUCGCCGAGAGAAGCGCAGUGUGAAAACGGUCACUUAUUUGUGCGCUGCGGACUAAGCCUUCUGGCCAUUCAAGAACCCGGCAUGUCCAAAUUUUGCCCUUUUUGCCGGACAGAAUAUUUUGAUGAGGACCUUUUGGCUCGUACGCGUGGCGGCGACGUUAGUGAAACAUUUGUGCAGCUUUUUGAGGCGUUCGAUACCUGCAUAUACUGCAACAGAAAGUUCCAGGCUAGCAUCCAGGGUUAG